AUGCCGUGUCAGAGCUUCAAACAGAAGUCAGAAGUAACUGAACAUCAGAAAACUGGUAAUAUAAAGAAAACCUAUGAAUGUAAGGAAUGUGGAAAAACUUUCAAUCGGAGCUCAAACCUGAUUGUACAUCAGAGAAUUCAUACAGGAAAGAAACCAUAUGUAUGUAGUGAAUGUGGAAAAGACUUUAAUCAAAGUUCAAAUCUUAUUAUACAUCAGAGAAUUCAUACAGGAAAGAAACCUUAUAUAUGUCAUGAAUGUGGAAAAGACUUCAAUCAGAGCUCUAACCUGGUCCGACAUAAGAGAAUACAUAACAAUGAGAAUCCCUAUGAAUGUAAAGAGUGUGGAAAGGCCUUCAAGGGAAGCUCAAACCUUGUCCUGCACCAGAGAAUUCACAGUGGAGGGAAGCCAUAUGUAUGUAAUGAGUGUGGGAAGGCCUUCAAUCAAAGCUCAGAUCUUAUUAUCCAUCACAGAAUUCACACUGGAGAGAAACCCUAUGAGUGUUAUGAAUGUGGACAAACCUUCAGUCAGAGUUCACACCUUGUCACACAUCAGAGAAUUCAUACUGGAGAGAAACCCUUCAAGUGCAACACCUGUGAAAAGGCCUUCAGGCAGCGUUCACCUCUUAUCCAACAACAGAGAAUUCACAGGGAGGAAAAACCUUAUGAAUGUACUGAGUGUGGAAAAACUUUCCGGGGAAGUUCAGAUCUAAUUCGGCAUUGGAUAACUCACACUGGAGAGAAACCCUAUGAAUGUAAUGAAUGUGGGAAAGCCUUUAGCCAGAGGUCGCACCUUGUUACACAUCAGAAAAUUCACACUGGAGAGAAACCCUAUCAGUGCAAUGAAUGUGGGAAAGCCUUCCGGCAGCGUUCACUCCUUGUCCAGCAUCACAGAAUCCACAGUGGUGAGAAACCCUAUGAAUGUAAGGAAUGCGGAAAAGCCUUCAUCUGAACUUUCCGAGGCAGCUCAGACCUCAUCCGACAUCAGGUAACUCAUUCAGGAGAGAAACCCUAUGAAUGUAAAGAAUGUGGGAAAACUUUCAAUCAGAGCUCAGACCUUAUGAGACAUCACAGAAUUCAUAAUGGAGAAAAACCUUAUAUGUGCAAUAAAUGUGGUAAAUCUUUCAGGGUCAGCUCAGAUCUCAUUAAACACCACCAUGUUCAUACUGGAGAGAAACCCUAUGAAUGCCCUGAAUGUGGGAAGGCCUUCAGUCAGAACUCACACCUUGUUAGUCACCAGAGAAUUCACACUGGAGAGAAACCCUUUGAAUGUAGCAACUGUAGGAAGGCCUUCAGUGGGCGCACAGCAUUUCUUAAACAUCAGAAACUUCAUACUGGAAAGGAGCUUGGGGAACACAAGAGAGUCCAUAAACAGGACUUAUUCUAGUAGGUAA